CCACUAGUCAUACAGUGAGGGAGAGAGAGAGCGCGCAAGAGACGGGACCAGUGGAGGACAGGACAGUUAGUGCGCAUGUUAUUAGUGUGCGUGCUUGGGUGUGUGCAUGUGAGGAGGGAGCAGGCAGGGAGGGAGGGGUGUAUCCUGUCCUGGGUCUCUCUCUCACUGCGUGAGCCCAGCAGCUGCUCUCAUCUUCUCAUCACUCCUGCAGCAUCGCUGUCAGCUUGACGGGAAUAAGGCCUGCUGCUCACCCACUGGUUCUGCAUGACUGUCACAAAGAUGUCAUGGCGUCCAACCUACCGAAGCUCCAAGUUUCGAAACGUGUAUGGGAAAGUAGCCAACAGGGAGCACUGCUACGACGGCAUUCCCAUCACCAAAAAUGUCCACGACAACCACUUCUGUGCGGUGAACUCCAAGUUUGUGGCAGUUGUGACCGAGAGUGCUGGCGGAGGCUCCUUCAUCAUCAUACCUGUUUCCCAGUCCGGCCGGCUCGACACUCAUUACCCAAAAGUGUGUGGGCACCAAGGAAAUGUUCUGGACAUCAAGUGGAAUCCCUUCUUUGAAAACAUCAUCGCCUCCUGCUCUGAAGACACUUCGGUGAGGGUCUGGGAAAUCCCAGAAGGUGGGCUGAGGCGAAACAUGACUGAGGCCGUCCUAGAACUGUACGGCCACAGCAGGCGGGUGGGUCUGAUCGAGUGGCACCCCACCAGCAGUGGAAUCCUCUUCAGUGCCGGCUAUGACUACAAGAUCCUGAUAUGGAACCUGGAGAUUGGGGAGCCAGUAAAAAUGAUCGACUGCCACACAGAUGUCAUCCUCAGCAUGUCCUUCAACACGGACGGCAGCCUGGUGGCCACCAGCUGUAAGGACAAGGUGCUGAGAGUCAUCGAGCCACGCUCGGGGAGAGUCCUUCAGCAAGCUAACUGUAAGAAUCACCGAGUUAACCGAGUGGUUUUCCUGGGCAACAUGAAGAGGCUACUGACCACUGGGGUUUCUCGCUGGAACACGCGGCAGAUCGCUCUGUGGGAUCAGGAGGACCUCUCCAUGCCCAUGGUGGAGGAGGACAUUGACGGGCUCUCCGGACUUCUGUUUCCCUUCUAUGAUGCUGAUACGCACAUGUUGUACAUCGCCGGCAAGGGAGACGGAAACAUACGUUAUUUUGAGAUCACCACCGAGAAGCCAUUCAUCCAAUACCUGAUGGAAUUUCGCUCUCCUGCUCCCCAGAAAGGACUUGGAGUGAUGCCUAAGCAUGGACUGGAUGUAGCAGCCUGCGAGGUGUUCCGGUUCUACAAGCUGGUCACACUGAAGGGCCUGAUCGAGCCGGUGUCCAUGAUCGUGCCGAGAAGGUCAGAUACCUACCAAGAGGACAUCUACCCCAUGACUGCAGGAACGGAACCAGCUCUCUCGGCGAGUGAGUGGCUCAGUGGCAUCGAUCGAGAUCCAGUUCUGAUGUCCCUGAAAGAGGGUUAUCACCGACCAAACCAGCUGGUGUUCAAAGCUCCAGUGAAAGAAAAGAAGAGUGUGGUGGUCAAUGGAAUCGACCUUCUGGAGAACGUCCCCCCAAGAACCGAAAACGAGCUCCUGCGCAUGUUCUUCCGGCAGCAGGACGAGCUGCGGCGGCUGAAGGAGGAGCUGGCCACCAAAGAUGUGCGGAUACGUCAGCUGGAGCUGGAACUCAACAACUUGAAGAACGUUAGCCCCAACAAAGCGGACCUCUCAGCCAUUUGAACAAGCUCCUGGGCCUCCAUCCUUUUGAUACAGUAUAUCUCACGUCACCCUCGCUUCUCUCCUGCCACCCCGCAAACACGGAAGAACAAACUGACACAUGUAAUUCAGAAGUUGUCACGAGGAAAUAGUUUAUUUUGCCGCGUUAUUGAUCAGCGCCGUCCUGAAUGCAAGUUCGAGUUGCAUGUUCUCAACUUCUUGUAUUUGGCCUCAGCUACAGUAUGUUACAGUCUCAUUGCUCAUUCUCUGGUACUAACCACGCCAUCGUCCUCAACAGCGCCACCCUCUGCUCAAUGCAGGAGCGGGAUGAAUGGACUUCCUUUUCUUUCCUAAAGCCUUAAACCCGUUGCAGGGAGCUGCUGUACCUUCUCCAAGUGGCUAGCCAGACGAUAUGGUUCUGAGGAGCUGCUUUGUUUUCACUAGACAUCUAUCUUUUUUUUUCCAGAGUGAAUUCAACUUUCUUUUAUCAUUUAUUGAAUCUUUCUUAACAUGAGACUCGGCAGUAGGCACGUGUCAUUUUUGAGAUGAUGUAGUAUUGGACUUCAGGGCUAAUUUGUAUGUGAUUUUGCUUCUAUUUAUUUUCUUUUUAUUUAAUGACUUUCACAUGGUGUCAUAUGAGGCGUCCGAGUAAGAGAUGACUGUGCUGCUUAAUCAGAAUGUUUCUGCUAGAAGUGAUGAAAGAGUGUUGUGAAGCUUAAUACUUUUGGACUUCUUAACUUCAGGUAAGGUUUGUAAAUAGAUUUGCUCCUGCUGAUUCCAAACAGCAAGUAACAUGGAAGUAUUAUUAAACUCUUCUGAACAACC